AUAUUCUGGUUUGUAAUGCAUCCCCACAUAAGAGAGCCUAAAAAAUCCUGCACUUGACUUCAUUUGGGUCUCGACAGUUUUGAGUCCCAAAUUUAAACUGUAUCAUCUAAAUAGAAAACAAAUUUUGCUCCUUAUUCACUUGAAAAAUCUGGAUCUGUAUGCUUUCUGACUUAAUAGCACUGGAAAAAUACUGAUCUGGUUCUUGCUAGGCCUUGCCAGUUUUUAACCCUAAUUUCCCAAAUUCAACUGUCUAAGGAAUGGGGGUAAAGUAACAACUUUCAGAAUGCAGCAGCCCCUAUAAUGUAGCAGCACUGCAAAAACUUUUAUCUGGCACCUUUAUCCAGCUAACCCUUUUUAUUUGUAAAUCCCAAACUCAAAUGUUCAACAGACUAAAUAGAGAAGAGCAGCUUCUCAAGUUCCACUGCAAAACUCUAGACUUUGAUACAUUCCUGCUCAACUGGAUUGCAAAGACACGUACUCGGCACUGGAACCUGCUGGAUCCUGCCAUUUUUUUGGCCCCUCGUUCCCAAAUCAUACUGUCAAAAUAUACAACUCGUGUUGCUGCUUCUACUUGAUCCAAAAAUUCCAGGCUCUGACAUCUCAGUGAAAGAGCAAUCCGAAAACCCACAUGGGCCUCUUUUUUUUGGCCACAAACACCUACAAUCUGUUAAAUAAAGACCAAGGGUUAAAUCCCUAUUGAAGUAAAUAGCAAAACCCCAUUGACUUCAGUAAGGCCAGGAUUUUACCCCGAGUAUAGCUGCUCCUACUUCACUGUAUCAGAAUCUGGUCCCUGAUCCAUCAUUACACAAGAGCACUUGAAAAAUCUAGUUAAGGACUGUAAAUGUAAAUGAAUGCUGAUUCUUGCUGUCUAUCUAGAAAUUAUAAUUUUGGGAACAUAUGUGAAAAAAUGGGGGUAUACCUUGUUGGAUCUGGGUCCAUGUUUGGAUUUUUUUUUUAAAGUGCUCAUCUGCCAUGAUGGCUCAGAGACUAGAUUUUUAUUUUUUAUUUAUUUAUUUAUUUAUUUUUGUAGACUAAGAGAAGCUAUGCUUGGUCACUAUGAAUAGGCUAGAAUUUAGAAGUUUGUGGCCAAAAUAUUGUUGGAUUCUGCAAGACCCAGGUGCUGUUUGUGCACGUAUUGCUCUUGCAUUGAGAUGUCGGGGCUGGGUUUUGCUGGCCAACUAGAAGCGGCUACAGGGCAUGAGUUGUCUGUUUUGAUGAUACAAUUUGGGGCCAACCCAAAACACUGUUUCACUGGGCUCCAGAUGCCAAAUAUUAUGUGUCCUUGCCAUGGUACUGAAUAGGGAAUACACUGGAUUCUGCAGUAGAAUUAGGACAGCUGCAUGUCUUUAGUUAGUUAGUUAGAAUUUGGGGGAUUUAAAUUUAAAAAAAAGAAAGAGAAAGAAAGAACAACAAAAGAAAAACUAGGUGGAUCCAGGUGCUGGAUAUCUGUUUUUUGUUGUGCUGCCGUGCCAGUUCACAACAGUCUGAGUUUUGGGGGGGCAUUAAGAAGCUGCAACAUUUUUUUCUUUAUUUAGACAGCAGAUCUAGAUGGGUUAUUAAUUAAUUAAUUAAUUUAUUUAUUAGUGUUAAUUUAAGUAGGAGCCUAAUACUAGAACUCUAUUUCUGUGACACAGUUUGGGGCUUUUCGAGGUAAAAAAUUGGCAGGUUGCAGGACAAAUCCAACACGAUCCAGGUACAUCCAGCUUUUACGUCUUUCCUUCUCUCUUUCACUUGUGUGGGGUUUGUAGUUUGACUGUUUCCUGGUCUCACAGAAAGAGGCAGUGCUGAGCACAGAAAGACAAAAAUAGACCUUUACAGAGAAAUAUAGGGAUUGUGUGUGGAGGGGAGGGAGAGAGGAGAGCAGCGUUAGGCUGGUUUCCAGAAGGAGCUCUUCUCGCUUUCGUUGUGUGUUAGACAUUUUUGUACAGAUUUUUUUCUUCAUCUUAAAAACGUUUUCUCUCUCCCGGCUGCUGCUUGUACCUCUUUGGGGGAGAAAAAUCAAACUGUGUUUGAUCAGAAAGCGACCAGAGACCAUUUUAUUUGAGCGACCGGAGGAAGAAAGAGAAGAGAAACCGUCGCAGGGAUAUAAAUACCUAUCAUCUCUUACAUAUUUCCUGUAAAUAAAUCUCUAUAGAAAGAGCACAAUUUGACAUCCAUCCUAAGCGGCAGCAAUGGGGUGUUUGGGCAACAGCAAAACAGAGGAUCAGCGUAUCGAUGAGAAAGCGCAGCGAGAAGCCAACAAAAAAAUAGAGAAGCAGUUGCAGAAAGAGAGACUGGCUUAUAAAGCCACACAUCGUUUGCUUCUGCUGGGAGCUGGUGAGUCAGGAAAAAGCACGAUUGUGAAACAAAUGAGGAUCCUGCAUGUCAAUGGAUUUAAUUCAGAAGAAAAGAAACAGAAAAUACUGGAUAUUCGGAAAAAUGUUAAAGAUGCGAUUGUGACUAUAGUUUCAGCAAUGGGCACUUUAAUACCCCCAGUUCCACUGGCCAAUCCAGAAAACCAAUUUCGAAUGGACUACAUCAAGAGUAUAGCUCCACUUUCUGAUUUUGACUAUACACAGGAAUUCUUUGAACAUGCAAAAAAGCUCUGGGAUGAUGAAGGAGUAAAGGCAUGCUUCGAGAGGUCAAACGAAUACCAACUGAUUGACUGUGCACAGUACUUUCUGGAAAGAAUUGACAGUGUCAGCCUGGUUGACUAUACACCCACAGACCAGGAUCUAUUAAGAUGCAGAGUUUUGACAUCAGGGAUUUUUGAAACAAGAUUUCAAGUAGAUAAAGUAAAUUUUCACAUGUUUGAUGUAGGUGGCCAGAGAGAUGAAAGAAGAAAAUGGAUCCAAUGUUUUAAUGAUGUCACUGCUAUAAUCUUUGUUGUGGCCUGUAGCAGCUACAACAUGGUAAUAAGGGAAGACAAUAACACAAACAGACUACGGGAAUCCCUGGAUCUCUUCAAAAGCAUCUGGAACAAUAGGUGGUUACGGACCAUUUCUAUCAUUUUGUUCUUGAACAAACAGGAUAUGCUAGCUGAAAAGGUCUUGGCAGGGAAAUCAAAAAUUGAAGAUUACUUUCCUGAAUAUGUGCGUUACACUGUACCUGAUGAUGCAACACCAGAUGCUGGAGAAGAUCCCAAAGUCACAAGAGCCAAGUUCUUUAUCCGGGAUGAGUUUUUAAGGAUAAGUACAGCAAGUGGAGAUGGCAGGCAUUACUGCUACCCACAUUUCACAUGUGCAGUGGACACAGAAAACAUACGCAGAGUGUUCAACGAUUGUCGAGACAUCAUUCAGAGAAUGCAUCUUCGCCAGUAUGAACUCUUGUGAUUGGGAUCACCGUGGAGCCUGUGGUUUUAAAUACUUAGCUCCUUCCUCUCUCUCUCUCUCUCUAUACUAUGCCACACAGGGUGGAAGAAAAUACUACAGAAAUGUCAGUCUUUUCAGGUUGUUUACCUUAAUUAUUUCGCCUUUGAGCUGAUUUGCAGCAAGUUUGGGUUUCUUUUCUGCCAUGCUUUUUGGGACUAUUUGUGUGCUUUAUUUUGAUAUGCCACUUCUUUGUCAUUCCACUAAGCCCUUUGGCUACCUCUGUUGCUUUAGGGGUGUUUUUUGGGUUUUAUUUUUGCUAAUUGAACAUAACCUGCUAAAUUUUUUCCAGCAGGUUAUGUUAGUUCAAACUAGUAUGUCAGCUGGAUGACACUAAAGUCAUACCUAUCCUUGUGUGGGUCCCUUUUUUAACAUGAUAUUAAGAGUACUUGAUGGUUGAAAAAAGAAUAAUGCACUUUGUAUCAGGUUAUUAAAUACUGUUGAGGAAGUAUACACACAAUGUAGCAGCACCACAAUAUUUAUUACUCUGUCACAGUUUUUAGCAUUACUGAGUUGCAGGUCAACUGAUAAAGUGACCUCCUCUUUUAAGCCGUUACUGGCACAGGAAGUAGAGUAGAUAAUGAGAGGCAUGGUGAAGAUAAGCAAUUUUUCUGGGGUUUUGGGGCUAAGUGCCUCUACACACCUCAGGCAUUUGAAUUACAGCUACUUUUUCAGCCUGUUGCAUCUAGGCAGAAAAUGUACCACCCUCACUUAUGUUAUUUGUGCUGUCCACAAAUGAUCCGUUUAGUUUAGAUCAUUCUUGGACAACAGUCCUCUCCCUAUAUAUAUAUUUUUUUUGUUUUACUGCUGGUUUAUUAUAUUGUACAGACUGUAAAAUGUAAUAUUAUUUUGUACAACUUUAUUGAAGAAAAAUACUUGUAGAAGAUCUUUGUGCCUUGAUUAUGGCUGUACCUGUAAAAUGAGCUAAGAUGUAAGUAUGUUUUUGAUUGCGCUGUACAGCUUGAUGUCAACCUUACCUGCAGCAGUGACUGGGGGUAAGAACUUUAUCUGUAGAAUUUAGGGAUUUUUUUCUGGUUUAUAUAAAAACAAUGCUCUUUAGUAUAAAAAAUAUAAAUUAUGCAAAUUAACCACUUACCUUUUCAAGUAAGGUAUUACAGUCACCGGAUGUUGCAGCAACAUGCCUUUCUCUUUUGAAAUCUCAGCUUUAAAACAUUGGAAUUCAUUCAAGUGUCCAAAUUGCAACCUGGUGUUGUUUUAAUGGGAAUCAAGGAUUUUUUUUU